CACCGCCUCCACGCUCCUCCUCUCUUCUCCGAUGGAGCGGCCGCAGUGGAGCCUCUCCGACUUCGAGGUCGGCAAGUUCAUCGGCGAGGGCAAGUUCGGCAAGGUCUACCUCGGCCGGGAGAAGCAGAGCGGGUACGUGGUGGCGCUCAAGGUGAUCUUCAAGAGGAAGCUGGAGAAGUACCGGUUCCACGCGCACCUGCGGCGGGAGAUCGAGAUCCAGCGCGGCCUCGACCACCCCAACGUGCUGCGCCUCUUCGCCUGGUUCCACGACGCCGACCGAGUCGUCCUCGUCCUCGAGUACGCCGCGCGCGGGGAGCUCUACAAGCUCCUCCGCAGCGUCGGCCACUUCUCCGAGCGGACCGCCGCCACCUACGUUGCCAGCCUAGCUGGUGCUUUGGCAUACUGUCACAAAAAGCAGGUAAUUCACAGGGACAUCAAGCCGGAAAAUUUGCUCCUUGAUAUUGAGGGCCGGCUUAAGAUUGCUGAUUUCGGAUGGGCAGUUAGAUCAAAUGCUAAACGCCACACACUAUGUGGUACAAUCGAUUACCUGGCACCAGAGAUGGUAGAGAAAAAGGCUCACGAUUAUGCCGUUGACAACUGGACACUAGGAAUCCUGUGCUAUGAGUUCUUAUAUGGCUCACCACCUUUUGAAGCUGCAGAACAGAAUGAUACCCUGAUGAGGAUCGUUAAAGUGGACUUGCUGUUCCCUUCGACUCCUUGCAUAUCUGCAGAUGCCAAGGAUCUCAUUUGCAAGUUGCUAGUGAAGGAUUCAAGCAAGAGGAUCUCUCUUGACGAUAUAUUGAAGCAUCCGUGGAUUAUUAAGAAUGCAGAGCCUUCAGGGAGUAUAAGCCCCUCAGAAAGAUCCUGAGAAACUCUGCGUAAGCCCCUCAGAAAGUCCAUGUAUGUGUUCCGCAAAAAGGCUAACUGAAUAUGCAUGGUAUUUUACAAUUGCAACAAUGGUUAACCUAUAAUUCUUUA